CUCACUCCUUAAAACUCUCCUCAUCUCUAAAUUUUAAUUAAAUCACACGCAAUGUAAAUUGAAAGCUAAGCUAAGAUUACGAGUUUUGGAAGAUAAAAUUCAAAUUCAAAAAAACAAAGUAUCAUUCUCAAUCAAUCAAGCAAUAAAUACAUAUGAUGAUUUUAAUGAUGAUUAAUGAAUUUGUUUUAUUAUUAUUAUUAAUAGCAGUAGUACUAUAUGAGAUAUGAGGUAUGGUUAAUCAAUCGAACAAUUCAGUAUUUGCAGCACUAAUGGCUUGUUUAUUUGGCUGUUUCAAAAUCAAGGAUGUUACGCUUCCUCAAUCGAAAUCGAAUUGCGUUUCGCAAUCUACUCCCACUAAGGAAACUUUGGUGUCUCGCAAUAGAAGUCCAUUAUCUUCACUUUUUACUGAAGAAAAUGAUGAGACCAACAAUUUGGACUGCAAAGAAGUGGAGAAUCAGAGUUCGGAUACACCUAUGCCACACUUGGACAAAAAUGAGCUUAGGAAUCAGGCCAAGUUUCUUAAAGCUUGUGGAACCUUACCUGAGACCCCUGCUGAAAUUCGGAACUUCUCAAUGAAAUGCAAAGAUCAGCCAGCUCCAAUGGUAGAAGUUGAGCCUUUAAAAUUCAAUUCAUGGCCCUCUGAUUCAACAUAUCAGAAGCUAAACUCGAAUUCACUACCUGAUGAGCCCAAACCUGUCAAGAUUGAAAGUGUAAAGAAUCAGUCUGGUUCAUUGGUGCAUACGCCUAGCAGUUGUUUAACGGAUGGACAAAGUGGUCAAAGUUUCUCUAAGAGCUCCAUUAAUGGCAGUGGGAAUUCCAAUACUCCGAUAUUCAUCGACGUUAAAGCUAAUCUGGCUCGUAAUGAUAACAAGGUUUCUGCAGCUUCACCAAUCACUGCUCCAACUGCCCAGUACAGAUACAGAUCUGUUCAUUUUGAAAGCGAGUCAGAUCUGUCCUCAAUGUCAUCAAAAUGUAUUUCAUCUGAAACCAGACAAAGUUCUGAACAGUCUGAAUCAUCAGGUGACUACAAUGCACCAAAGUUUUCACCCUACCCAACCCCAUUAAAGCUAACUGAUGAGAUGCAAACACCUGGAACCGUUUUUCCAGCAUAUUUGGACCACAUGGGAAUAGCUAAAACUGCACGGAUCAGGUCUCAGUAUGUGUAUCCUGUUUUAAACCCCGUGGAUAAUGCCUCACAGUUGAAGGAAUUAUCAGAUGAAGAUUCUUACUCCACUCAAGAUUCCAAUUCCAGAUUCUUGUCCAGUCACACUACAGAUUCUAAUCAAAGGCCUGAAGAGGCAAACCGUAAUUCAGAACUGGGAAUGUCUGAAUUCAGAGAAAGUGCAGCUGAUAAAGAGUCAAAACCACCUUCAAUAAAUCAAGUGCAGAGUAAGCAGCAUUUUGGUUCCGUUUACGGUGAAAAUGUUCAUUAUGGUAAAACUCCUGCAGAUAGACCCAUAAUCGGAUUGGUUGCUGCUCAUUGGAAUGAUGAUGAAACUUCUCGUAUAUCUCCAAAAUGGUGGGACGGAAAUGGGAUUCCAAAUUCCACUAACAAGUACAAAGAGGAUCAAAAAGUUAGUUGGCACGCAACACCAUUUGAGGAGAGACUGGAGAAGGCAUUAUCUGAAGAAACAAAUACUUCACAGCGGUCGCAACACAGUGGGACGCCACCAAUUGCUUUUAAUGAAACUGAGGAAUCAAAUACUGCUACAUCCCAAGUGCGCUGCUAGUCAUCACCUCUGAUUGAAAAUUCUCAUUCAGUCUCAUUUCUUUUCCAUCAAUUAGAGAUAAAUUCAUGGUUUAUUUCUAGACUUUUGCCUCCUUUGAGCUGAGAUAUGCUGCUACUGCUGAGACUCAAUCGCUUUUACGCAGACAUUUACAUGCGUUUGCUUCAUUUCUGAUGAAGGUUUGAUACAACCCUUUGAAUGAAUUGCGAGUUUACUGUCAUUCUAUAUGAUGUAUUUAUGGUUGGUCAUAUUAAAUUGAUGUGUUUGGACACAUGAACUGUCCUAAAAAAGGAACUGACUGAAGUUGGAGUUUGGAUAUUGGUUCUAAAUA